AUGGCGCACCUUGCAACAGCAUCAGACCCAGCUCCCCUCCCCCUCCCCCCCGGCAUUACGUCUCGCCAAAUAGAUCUCCGCGCCUACGGCCAUCUCUCCUACCACAUCCUCGAAGCCGGUGCACCCACCGACCCCCUCAUCAUCCUGCUCCAUGGCUUCCCCGAUCUAGCAUUCUCAUGGCGCAAGGUCAUCCUGCCCCUCGCCAAUGCCGAUGGAGGUGGCCGUGGUCGUCGCGCAUACCAUGUUAUUGCGCCAGACCAGCGAGGCUUCGGACGAACUACCGGCUGGGACUCGAGGCCUUAUGAACAGGUCGAUCUACACAAUUUCGCGACCACAAUAUACGUGCGCGAUGUGAUUGCGCUGGUCUACGCGUUGGGGUAUAGUAAGGUGGAAUGCGUCGUGGGCCAUGACGCUGGCGCAGUAACUGCAGCUGCCUGUGCCGUUAUCCGGCCUGAUGUCUUCAAAAGUGUGGCUCUGCUCACGCAUCCAUUCAAUGGAGUACCGCGCCUGCCGUUUAAUACUAUUGAUACACAGGGCUCCUCGUCUUUCCCGCCGCCUAGUGCGGGAAUAGCUAAACCUAGCAUCAACGAUAAACUCAGGGUCCACAAUCGGAAACAUUAUAAAUGGUACUAUUCCACCCACGACGCAAUUGGGGAUAUGGCAGGCCCUACAACUGCAGGGGGUCUGCGUGGGUUUCUAAGGGGUUAUUUCCAUGUCAAGUCUGGCUCUUGGAAGGGGAAUAAUCCUUAUCCAUUGAUCAAGAAAGGAGAGAGUAGUAGACAGCUGGAGUGGCCUAUUGAUGAAGUGGUUAAAAUGCCGGAGUAUUAUAUCAUGCCUCUAGACGCGACUAUGCCGCAGGCGAUUGAAAUGCUCAUGAGAGACGAGUCGCAAGAUGCGUCGAAGGAUUGGCUGUCAGACGAAGAUCUCGAGGUUUAUGUCAAUGAGUACGCUCGCACCACUUUUCAGGGAGGGCUGAACUGGUAUCGCGUCCAAACAGACGAUGGAGGUAAAAAGCCCGAACUAAAGCAUGAUCUGGACAUCUUUGCCGGGAAACGUAUCUCCAUACCUUGUGCAUUCAUUGGCGGUGAUAAGGACUGGGGUACUUACCAGCAGCCUGGCGCUAUAGAGAAAAUGACUGGAGAGGAAAAGGAGGUUUGUGACGAUUUUCGAAUGCUGAGGAUGGUCGAGGGGGCUGGACACUGGAUUCCGCAGGAGAAGCCGGAUGAGGUUGUGCGAGCUAUAUUGGAAUUUAUUGAUUUUUGA